AUGGACGACACCGCCACCACCACCAUCAAAACCAAAACUAACGACAACAAAAGCCGCAAGCGCCGCUGGAGCGAAGGCGAUGACGAACAAAGCAAAUGCGAAGACGACGAUGACUUGGAGGAAGAAAAGCAGUGCGACGUGGAGCUCUGGGAGACGCUGAGCAGGAGCUUCCGGCAGGUCCAGUCCGUACUGGAUCAGAACCGCGCUCUGAUCCAGCAGGCUAAUGACAACCACCGGUCCAGAGUCCCCGAUAAUCUUUCCAAAAAUGUUGUCCUGAUCCGCGAUAUCAAUUCCAAUAUCAACAAAGUCCUCUCCAUCUAUUCCGAUUUAUCGGCCAAUUUCUCGAGCAUCGUUCACCGACCUCGCGCCAUAAUCCCCUCCAAAAGCAACAAGAACGACGGCGACGAAGACAACGACACAGGCAAUUGGAAAUUGGAUCGGUAA